CGUUUCAAAAUACAAAUUAUUUUUCAUACAAAAACCCAUAAGUUUAACUGCAGACGCUAAUUUAAUGCCAAGUGUAGUUGCAAUAUUUUGAUAAAUGUUUCAGAUUACAGUUUUGAUUUUACUGUAUACCCCCAAUGAAAAUAACUCGUUGCAUGGAAGCAGCUAUAAAAAUGAGCGUUUCUUUAAACUGUGCAGUUUAAAAUACUUAUCACAAGUUUGAAAAUAAAGAAAAGAAGAAAAUGGAUACAACAAUGAGUACUUCAUUGCCUACGUUUGGCAACAGUAUGCUGCAAUUGACGUUUGGGUGGACGGACUAUCUACUAUUUAGUGGCUUACUUGGCAUCAGCCUUUUAGUAGGAUUUUACUUUGGUUUUUUCAGCAAACAAGAUAGUGCAUCUAAAUAUUUGUUUGGUGGAAAACACAUGUCGUACAUUCCUGUCUUUACGAGUAUUUUAGCAAGCAUGUUGUCAGGUAUAACAUUUUUGGGAAUACCCACAGAGGUGUAUUUUCAUGGGGCGCAAUUCAUCGUUACUCUUAUUCCAAACUUUCUCUGUUGCCUAAUAAUAGCUCACGUGAUAAUACCCUUAUUUUAUGAUCUCAAACUCUCUAGUAGCUACGAGUAUUUGCAGCUAAGGUUUUCUAGAUCCAUCCGAAUGUUGGCAUCAACUUUGUACAUCGUAUCGUUAUUAUUGUACAUUCCAGUAGUUAUGUACGUUCCAGCACUUGCUUUUUCACAAGUCACGGGCUAUGGAAUCCACACAAUAACGCCAGUGUUUAGUAUUGUUUGCAUCACUUAUACAACUAUGGGUGGAGUUAAAGCAGUUAUUUGGACAGAUACAAUCCAGUUUUUUUUCACUAUUGGCAGCUUAUUUACCGUACUUAUUAUUGGAAUAUAUGGUCUUGGUGGUUUUUCUAACAUCUAUAAUAUAGUUAAUGAAGGAGGAAGACUUGACAUUUUUGACUCAAAUAUGAGUCCAUUCGGAAGAAAUACAUUUAUGGGAUUGACAUUUGGAAUGCUUUUCGGUCACCUGAGUCGUAUCGGGAUUGGUCAGAAAUUCAUUCAAAGAUUUCUAUCCAUUGAAAAAAAGGCUGAUAUUAAAAAAGCUGUUUACUUAAUGAUGUUUGGCUGGCAGGUAUUACUAACAAGCUGUAUUUUAACUGGUCUCAUAGUUUAUGCAAAAUAUCAUAGCUGCGAUCCUCUAAGUGCUAAGCUAGUUCACCGAAACGAUCAAACUUUACCCUAUUACGUAAUGGACGUAGCUCGAAACAUUCACGGACUACCAGGAAUUUUUCUGGCUGGCUUAGUCAGUUCAGCAUUGUCCACGAUGAGUGCAAGUCUGAACAGUCUCUCUGGUAUUAUUUACGAAAAUUUCGUAGAUCGGUGGAUUCCAGAAACGUCAAAGAAAGAUGCUACAGCUGCUUGUAUAAUGAAGUGGAUCUCUGUACUGAUUGGUGCAAUAACAAUCGCCCUGAUUUUUGUAAUCGAGCAUCUUGGCACCAUCUUUGAAAUUGCAAAUAGUCUGAGUACAAUUGUAGACGGACCUCUGCUUGGUCUGUUUGUCGCUGGCAUGUUCUUCCCGUGGGUAGGAACAAAAGGUGCCAUCAUUGGUGGGAGUGUCGGUCUUACCAUUAUGGCUUGGAUCGUUGGUGGUACUCAGUGGCACAUAAUUAAUAAGCGUAUACAUCAUUCAGUCUUGCCAACUUCAACCGAAGGAUGUCCUUAUCCACUGAAUGAAACUGUAACGUCAGUGACUUCGAAGCCUCUGGCACCCGAGGACGAGCCGUGGCUGAUCUUUAGACUAUCCUUUUUGUAUCUGAUAUUUGUGGGCAUGACCAUCACAGUAAUCAUUAGCCUAAUUGCAAGUUGGGUUGCUGGAGAAACGGAUCUGCAGAAAAUUGAUCCCCGACAUGUCGUCCCGUUUGUUAAAAGGUUUUUGCCGAAAAAAAAUUAUGUAACUGUACCAUUAAAAGAUAUUAUACCAGAAAAAGUUAUGCUGUGAAUAUUAAAAGAACAUUAUUUUGAAGAUUAUCAUGAAACAAAUGUAAUACACGUGAUUGGUAAAAUACAACUAUUUCUCAACUUUUUUUUUUACUUACAACUCUUACAUUGGACAA